AUGCACACUCUGAGUAGUGACGAAUUGUCAAGUGUGAGGAUAAAGGUGACAAAAGGAGGUCUUUUGGAGGAUGGGAAAUCGGCUCAGACAGGUGUAACUACAGCAUCAGUCACCGCUGGAACACUGAAUGCUGAGAAGAGGAAUAACUGUGGUCCUCAGUGUGUGAACCCCAUGGUUCAUGGCACAGGAUCUGUGACACAGAGACAGAAUGGCUCCAGGACAGCAGAGCAUAAAUGGGACACACAGAAAAUGCCCACAAAAGAAGUCACCAUUAACGUUACAAAAAGCAUCAGGCAAAGUGACAGAAGGAAAACAAAGAAUUGUGUCAAUUAA